AUGGAUAUUAAAGCACGUUUGCGUUCUGCGCUGCUUUCCUUGGAGGAUAGGGAUCUCAGUAGCCAAGGACAAUAUUGCAUCAAAUUACUCAUCGAAAAGCUGCAGACUGUCCAACAGGCGGGCAUGGUUGUGCGAGAACUUACGUCAGGACUUGAUAAAUGCGGCAGGUCCGCAGCUUUGAAUCGUAUCCUUCUCUUAUCAUACCUGCUAGUGACUCAGGGCCACCUGAGUCCAGUGCGAGCAUUGCCACAGGCCAUGCCCGGCUUGGUGGCUUACCUCAGACGCCAGCAGCACUCCACCAAUUUGGAUGACCUCGUCACCCUGGGUAGCCGCCUGGGUAUGGCCCUGGCCGCCGCAAUGUCUGAGGGCUCUGCACUCGUGGACAUGCAGAACACCCCAACAGAAUGCGCCAGAGGCGGAGCGCAAAGUGCCUCCGUGAGUCGAUGGAGGAACACCAACCAGGCGCCCAAUCGCCGCAACAGCAGCCCAGCAUCCGGGGGAAGCACAGCUGCUACGUCCGCAGCAGAGGCCUGGUUACCCUUCGUGGCCGAUCCGCCAUGGGCGCUUGACAAUAUCCUGCUGCCGCUACUGCGGUUGGCCUGCCGGGCUCCGGAGCGCGAGGCUAUGGCGGCUGCCUGCGCGGUGCUGGUGCCGCUCGUGGAGUCGCUGGGACAAGGCGUUGGGGCGGGAGCUGGGCCAGGCGGUGGGCGCCUUGCUCGGGGCCCCGUCGCGGCUGCGCUGCAGCAGCUGCUGGGCUGCGCCUUCACGCUGCUGGGAGGUGGAAACGCUCCGCUACGGUCCGCGGGUGUGCUGCAGCUGUUUGCUAGCUGCGUGCAGGUGCUGGGACCCGCCUUGGAUGAGGAGACGGCCAAGCGGAUCUUGCUGGCUGCCACCUCGGGACUCGACUGCACGGAGGACUGGCAGGUGCGGCGGGAGUCGGCCAACCUGAUCCGGGUGCUGGCGUGGCUGGCGCAGCUGGUGGAGGAGGAGGAUUUGGAGCCCGACGGCGGCGCGGUGGCCUGGAUGGCGGGUUCGCACCGCAAGGAGUUCCUGCUUCAGGCCUUGGAGCCUAUCCGCCAUGACAAGUUCCCCGCGGUCCGCGCCGCCUUCCAAGGAGCCGCCGCGGCAGUCAUGAAGCUGCCCGCGACGCCGGGAGAUGACAUGCUGCUCUCAGACGCGGAGGAAGGUCCGGGACAGAGGUCCCAGCCCACGCCUCCAGUCCGACCAUACCGGGCACGGCGUGAAGCCUCGCCGCAACAGCCCUGGGCCUCAUCAUGCCUGAGGCCUGAGGAACAGUCCCCGCGCACAUCGCGCCAGGGACGGCAGGGUCGCGGCCUGGGGCGCGCGAGUGUGUCCGCGGCAGGGACCCGCAGCAGCGACCUGUCGGUUCGUGGCGAGGCGGACGCACGACAGACCAGACUAAACCAGUGCGUGCCACACAGCGACGCUGGCGACUGGGGUCCGGAAUACCCUAGGGAGCCCAGUCUGUCCGGGCUUACAAGUCCCUCCACCGAGGCCGAGUCCAUGGCCAGGCGCACAGCUGCGGCCUGGGAUGGCGCCGUCACAUCACGCCCUGCUGCUGCUUCCAGGGCUAGCGUAAGAGGUGCAGCUACCUGGGAGCCGGAAGAGGAGGAGGAGGUGGGCACCGUGGAAACGCUGGCUGUCGUAGCAACGCGACCAGGUGCCGACGGGACUAGGACGGGGGUUGCGGUGCUGGUGCAGCAUGACCGGGCCCCGUGCCCUCCGAGGAAGCGCACCACGAGUCCCGACGUCCCAGCCACGGCCGCUUACGGGAGUCGCCGGGGCAGUGCAGGCGACGAUGAUGAACACUUCCGCGCUGCUGCCGCCACGGGGGCCGAAGAUCGUGGUCAUGGAUAUGGCUUCAACGGUGUACCAAGCACGACUAUCGCACAUGAUUGGGUAUCCAAGGCCCGGCCGCCAGUGGCAUUGCCGCCGCCCGCGGAUCACCUGGCGGCGCACGGGGCUGCAGAGCAGGCGGCUGCCUCCGGGGUGUUGCCGGUUCCAUCCAUGGCUGCUAGCGGCGGUGGCGACGGCGGCGGCGACGCCUUCAGUUUUAGUGGUGCCUUCGACGAUGGCCGCAAACAAGGGACCAAUCGCCGGGGUUACCACCUGCAAUUCCAUGUGGGUCCUGGCGGCCGCAGUGGCGGGGAAGCCUGGCUUACGUCUGCAGGAGACGGUGAUGGCGAUGGCGGUGAAAUGCGCUCCGCAGGGCAAGCUAUAGAGCGAGAAGCCAGCUGGCGCGGACUUUCGUCGACCAAUACCAGCCCUGUUGACGAAGACAUGCCCGCAUUGCUGCGAAGCAAGAGCCCACGCGUGCCAUCCGACAGCCCCAGGACCUCUGAUAGGCUCGCAGAACCCCCUCGCCAUCGUCCACCGCCGCGUACGCGGCCAUCCAAUGCCCCCGCCGGCCCCGCCGCCCAGGCGGUCCGGGGCCCGCUGCGCCAGGCGUCACCUCCUUCGCGACGACAACAGCAGCAGCAGCAGCAGCCGCAGCAACAGCAACGACAACAGCAACAACGGCAUCAGGUUCGGCCACCAUGGCGGUGCCCAUCCCGGGGCCCCUCCCCGCGGAGGACCCGCUCGGCCAGUCCGAACGGCGGUGAGGGACAGCCAGCUGCGCUCUCUGCGCCGCCGGUGGUGCCGUCGGGGGUCCCUUCCCGCGGCGCCAGUCCCCCCCAGCGUGGGCCCAGUCCUCCCCAAACCUGCCGCACCGGCGGAGGAUGCUGGUGGACCGCCGAUGACAUCGGCAUAGAAAAUACUGGCAGCGGUGGCGACGGCGGCAAUGGUGUGAACAGGCUUGGUGGAGGCGGCCGGAAUGAAGCUCCUCGCGGUGGUGAUCCGGUGACGGCGGUGUCGCCAUCGCGGCGCUUCCAGCGGCGGGAUACCUCCCGCGUCAGCCUGGGUUGGCCCUUCGGGUACCGUCCCCCGCGCGGCAGCCCCCGCUUCAGGCGGCCAAACGUGCUUCCCGAACAAUCUGACUUUGGGGUGCUCGUCUUUGCUAAGGAUCCACCGCCUCCGCAGAUGCACCCACCGCCAGCCCCACAGCCGCCGCAGCCCCGUACGACGGAGUCCUCAGGCUCCGCUGACCAGGCUGCUAGCGGCGGCACUGGGUCGCCAGUCUAUCAUGUGAACGUCCGCACCGCUGCGGAGGAGGUGACGGCCCUGGUGGCAUUGACAUCUCCCAGGAACCCGGGGCACGGAGGCGACGGCAGCAGGCCCCUUUUUCAACGCAUGACAGUAGUCGGCGGCGGUGGCAACAACGAACUCCCUUACGAAAGUAGCCGGGAUGGAUGGGCCCACCGACAGAACCCGGGUGGGAACCGGUGCCGUGUUGUUUCCAGUGCGCCCGCAGCGGACUCCAUAACAGCCGCGGCAACGGCUGCGCUAGCGGCAGGCGCCGCCGCGGCAGCGGCGGCAGCGGCCGCUGCCGCCGACCAUCAGCACCUGGCUGCGGAUGCGCACUUUUUGGACGGCGAGGAGGCGCGGGUGCGGGGCCCGGUUGGUGCGCAGUCGAGGCCUGCUCCCCGGGGCUAUGACGGCACAGCGGAUCAAGGGGAAGGAGGCGGCCAGGGGUUGGGUGCUGGAGAAAGGGGCGGGAUGCCAUGGAGCAGCGAGGGGGACGGAGAAGAGAGUGCCAGCGCCGCAGGUGGCAGCAGCGGUAGCGGCGGAGGCAGUGGCGCCUGGGGGUUGGGUCGGCGCGGCGCUGUGGCCAUGGAGCACCAGUUGCAGGCUCUCAUGGAGCAGGCUCAGUCGCUGCAGAGCACCCUGGCGCGCAUGAGCCGCCAAGGCGCCGGCAAUGGCAACGGCGGAACUCGCAGACCACGCCGUCGCUGGGACAGCCAGCAUCCGGCAGCCGUCUUAGGGGACGAGAUUCCGCCGAGCUGCCGGAGGGUCAGCGCCGGCGGGCAGGGGGCGCCGCCCUUGCCGCCGCCGCCACCGCCACCGCAGCUCGCGGCUUUGGGCACAGACGCAACGGCCGCGCAGGCGGCAGUGCAGCAGUUGCAGGUCCUGUUGCAACAGGCGGCAGGGGCCCAGGCGAGCCUGCAGCUGUUGCUUGCGGGUGCCGGCACGCCCGCAGCUCUGCAAGGCGCCGUGCAGCGACUGGAACAGGUUGUGAACGUGCUGCAGCAGAACGGCGGCGGUAACGGGGCCGGGAGCGCGGCAGCCGCCGCCGGGGCUGAUGCCUCAGCUCGGCCAACGCUCCUCCGGGCGGCUGCGCCGCUUGCCUCCCCGGCAGAUGCCCACCCUACGGAGUUACAGCCUAGCCCGGACGAUGUGCAGGGGGGCCCGCAGGCCGGAGGGUCGGGAUCCGUUUUCGGAACUGAAACAGCCAUCGCGCUGCGGGAGCUGAUCAGACAGGUUCAAGCCACCCGGGAGAGCAUCACUCACGCAGCUAACGAAGGGGCUCAGCUAGGUGCAUCCGUAACCAAGGCCAGCCCGCAGGGAUCUGGCCCCGUCAUUCUGCAGCGAGAGGGUGGUACCCGCACGCAACCCCAAAGCGCCAUACAGGCACGGGUCCCUCUAGCACCGCAUCCUACUUCCCAGCAUCUGAACACCGCCGUCAGCGGCGCUGGUCAGGCCGAAGCCGUCCUACAGCAGCUGGCCCAAGUACCCCUGCGCCCCGACAUUCUAGACGCGCAGGAGCUUACAACCGCUCCACUCAAGCGCGCUGAACCUCUGAGCGGAACUGGAGUGAGUCACAGUCCGCAACAACUACCGGCAAAGCUACCCGGACAAUCGGAAACGUUAAGCGGAGCUGGACUAUACGACACAUCGUUGCAGCCAUCCGCCCCGAUAUCCCAACAUCUGGGCCAUCUGAGCGGAGCAGGGUUGCACGACAGGUCACCACAGCGCGCAGCUGAAGUUUCCAGAAGCUCGAGCUAUUUCAGUGGUGCUGGGCGGGAGGAAACGUCACAGCCGCAGCAGCAAUACGCCCGCCUAUCCGACCACUCAGGGUCUUUGGACGGAAUUCGGCUUAGGCACGGGUCACAGCCGCCCUCGGCCAUCCGUUCGGAACACUCAGGCCUUCUGAGUAGCACUGUACUGCACGAUAGGUCUCUACAGCCUUCGGCUCUUUUAUCAGAACACUCAGAUUAUCCGCGCGGCACUGGACUGUACAACAGGUCAACACAGCCGUCGGUCGAUCUUUCGCAAACUUCAAAACACUUGUACCAAAGUGGACUGAAAGAAGGGUCACAACCGCCGUCAGCGCAGCUAUCUCAGCCCUCUGGCCCUCUAACCGGCAUUGGCUUAAGCCAGGGGUCACAACCGCCGUCAGCGCAGCUAUCUCAGCUCUCUGGCCCUCUAACCGGCAUUGGCUUAAGCCAGGGGUCACAACCGCCGUCAGCGCAGCUAUCUCAGCUCUCUGGCCCUCUAACCGGCAUUGGCUUAAGCCAGGGGUCACAACCGCCGUCAGCGCAGCUAUCUCAGCUCUCUGGCCCUCUAACCGGCAUUGGCUUAAGCCAGGGGUCACAACCGCCGUCAGCGCAGCUAUCUCAGCUCUCUGGCCGUCUAACCGGCAUUGGCUUAAGUCAGGGGUCACAACCGCCGUCAGCGCAGCUAUCUCAGCUCUCUGGCCCUCUAACCGCUGGGAUGAGCACAGAAUUACAACAGUAUCCACACACACACAAGCAAUUGGGUGUUGAGAUCGCUAGUCCUGGUAGAAAGGUGAUCCCAGCGCACCCAAGAAUGUUUACACCGUGGGCAGGUGCAAUGUCGGUGGCACUACAUGCGACCGCCGGCCCACCGCAGGUCCCCGGCUUCGGCAGUGUAACGAAGACAGGCAAUCUACAGCCGGAAACGUCUGAGGUCCCAGAAGUUAUUGAGGCGGAAGCUCUUUACACGGAAAGCGUGGACACUGACAUCGACGCAGAUGCUGCUAACGUGCAUGCGGCGAAACCAGAGCUAGAGCCAGCGACGGCGAGCAUGGUCAACCCCCCCAGCGCACCUGACCCCGGCUCCUACCAUCCGCAGAAUCUCGGGGACGGUAGGAUAACCGCCGAGAUCCACAAUCUUAUUCAGCGUACUGGGGCUCUCCAGAUUUUGGGUCGACAAGCAUUGGCAGCGGUGCCAGUUGCACCGCCGCUCACUUGGCAGCCUGGAAGCCAUGUGCGCGGGCAGGACUUUCAGGGCCCCAGCGGCGUACUGCCGGGGGAUCGCGGCAUACGGUCCACUGCGCCUUCAGGAGGUGGACAGGCGGGCGCGUCCGGCCAUUCGGGCAUCAGCAACUUGCUGGCGACAUCGCUUCCGGGGUCCAGGUCCAACUCACCACCUGGGGCUACGGCUGCGAGGCUCCCAGCACCUGUUGGCCUCGGGGCCCAUGAUGUGCAGCACGUACCCAGGAUCAUCGACUUUAGGCCCCUGCUUCCCCUGGCUACCAUGCGACCUCACGUGGUGGAUCCGGCAAGCUUCACCGCUGCUCAUUUAGCCACCAGCGCAAUACCUACCACCACUGCCGCUGAUGCAGGCUUCCCGCAAUACUCCUCACCGUCCGCACACAACGUCAUGCCGCGGUUGCACACUUUGCGAACAGGGCCGGCGCCCCCGGCAUGGCGGACCGGCUCUUAUCUAUACAGGCCGCGAUCUGCUGGCUCGUCCCCUACACGUCAGGCAUCGGCGUUGUAUCCACUGGCAGUAGUGGCGCGCCAGCCACGAUAUCCCGCAACUGUCGACGAUGACCCCAUGGAUGGUGCAGUGCUGGAGCCGUCGCCACGGAGUGCUGCUGCUACCAACGCAAUGCCUUCGCCCUCGGUGCACUCUGUGCUCGGUCACGAGCUGAGCCACCUGACUGUCACGCCCGAAAAUGGUACCGCCGCCGUCACUAGUAGCCUCCACACCAUAACGGCGGCGGCGGCCCGAGCGGCGGCUCGCCUGGCCGCUCUGGGUAUCGCGGACACCGCGAUCUCACAGACACCGCCGCGAGCAGAGGUGGGAGUCCAGACCGCACCCUUAAUCCUAGCCAUAGCCAAGGAGUGUAGCCAAAGUUCGCCGCCACGGCUGUACUUUGGGGCAGGACACGCACCUGAUGGUGCUCGAGUAGAAACCGCUAGCAGCGUAAGCAACAACGGCGAUAGCGGUAGUGCUGCACUCCUGCCGCUGACUGCACACAGCGACAACUCGCCGGUGUCACCGAUAGGGUCUCCCGUGGGCCGGAUACGGAUGUGCUCCCCUGGAGGGGCGGACACGGUGCUGGCGCUAUCAGCCAUCCGCAACAGCAGCAGCCAUGAGCCGGGCAUCCUUAACUCCCUGCAUCUGGUGCUGGGACAGCUGUCGCCGGGGUGUGCCGACCUAGGCAGUGCUCAGCAACACGGUGCUGACGUUACUGGUGUGGCCAGAGCAGCUGAGCCACAAACGAUUUCGCAGAGUAGAACAGAAGGCGGUGAUAGGACCACGUGGGUCAGGCCGCAGAAUUCGGGCCUGCUCCGCGGUCCUGGACAAGGUGCACCAAGCUGCGAGGAGCAGAGGGUUUCCGUCUCUUCCAGCGGGUUUCCUGGUCGAGGGAAUCCUACCCGAGGCUCCACGUGUGACCUUGUUACCAUGGAGUCCACGGAGGAUACCGGUGGCGCGGCGGGGGAAGCUUGCGCUACAUCCAUUGUUCUAACGUACCCACGGACGCAGACCGCGCAGGCACAAGUUAGUACUGCCGGGGAGGCAUGGAACCACGGAGAUGAGCAGCGGACGUCGGGAAGGGUUGGACCCGACUGGGAUAAUGCCGACGAACUGCACGCCUACCUGCUGCCUACAUUGGACACCCACUGUGAGCCUCCUAGUGCACGGGCAGGUGAUGACCUGGCGGCCUUGUUUCCGGCGACGGCCGCUGCUUUAGCCUAUCAAAGCAUCCAGAAGUCCGACACGUUAGAUAGUACUCAGCGAAUGCCAGUUGGCGGCGACGAAAACCAGAGAACAUCGUAUGGCGGCUUCGGCGUUAUGCCCUCACCCAGAGCAAGUGCCAUUAAUGUGGAUGAAGCCGUUCAGGCAAACGGGUUGCCGCCUCUGAUGCCGUCACCAGAUCCCACGCUCAAUGGGCCCCGACAGAGCAUGCAGUACCGGCCGGGAAGGGAAGGCUUGCAUGCGCUGCGCGAGUCCGCCAGUGGCCUAGCAAAGUCUAGCGUUGAAGCCGUUCGCGAGGUGGAGGAUCUCGUUGCGCGGCUAACGCUCUUGCAGCAGCAUCUGGUCCGACGUCGGACGCACAGCGUCACCGUUCUAACCUCGCGCCUGUCCGUCGCAGCUCCGCAGCUGGAAGAUGAUGCGAUCGCGGACACGACUGAGUUGAAUUCCGAUGAUGACGCUAUGCUAUUCGAACUCCCAGUGUUGCCAGACCAUACUUGAUUGUAAAUUAAAUCGUGU